CCGCGCAUGCUCGCGCGCACAUAAACACGAUGACAUUAUUUUCCCCCCAAAACAUGGCUGCGCCCAUGGUUGAGGGUCUUCGUGCAUUGUACAUGUAACGUUUGCCAUCGUAGUUGCAUCGAUCUGGUCUUUGAAAUCAAGAAUGGAUCUACCCCCAAUUGGUACCAAGCCGUAUGCUAAUUUUGCGACUGUGACCGAACGCAAGAAAGUGUCGCUCGCAGAUGCUGUUCACAAUUUCCACGGGUACGAUGAAAUCAUCCAAAUUCUUGAAGAGGACCCGGAUGCUGUCCACAGAAAAGGCUGGCACGGUCUGACGCCUCUACACAAAGCGGGACUCCGUGGUGAUCCAAAAAUCACUCGCCUCCUGCUGGACCAUGGAGCCAGCGUCAACGAGCCCAACGACUACGGAGAGACACCGCUCCACUACGCGUGUAAACGAGGGGCCCUCGUGAAUAUUCAUGCCAUGCUGGAGGAGGCUGAGGUCAAAGGUGAUGUGUGGCACAGAGACUUUGCUGGGAGGAACUGUCUCCAUCAUGCUGCAGCAGGAGGCUCUGUCUUAACCCUACACUACUUGUCCGAGGUGCAUGGCAUGGCAUUUCAUGACAGAGAUGGCAAUGGUCAAACUCCCCUGCACCUAGUUUGUCUACAAGGCUUCCAAGAUGCCAUGAAAUACCUGCUGAAGAACGACAGAUCAGAGCUCACAUGGACUGAUAAUAACGGCAACACACCGCUGCAUAUAGCGUGCAUCAACGCGCUGAGCGAGGCCUGCUGGAUCCUCCUGCAGCGUGGCAACUGUGGCUUGCUACGAGUCACCAACAACCAGGGCCAGACACCGCUGCAGAUACUCGUAGAGGGGCGAUCCGCCGGCCAUCAAUAUUUGUUCAAGGAGCUGAGUUACUGGGCGGACUCCAAGACUCCUCAUUUGCCCCCCAAGGGCCCCCUCUUCACCUGGUACUUCAUGCUGACCAUGCCGGCCCAUUUCUUUGCCCUCAUUCUUUUAGUCCACUUGGUAGUACCCCGCUUCGGGGCUCUCUUCAUCACAGUAGCCACCUGUUUUCUGGCAUUCUACAUUGGUAACCAGGGCCACCGGCUGAGGCACAUAUCCAGGUGGUCCAAUCCUGUGUACUGUGGUGCCUUUGUGGCCGGCCUCUUUCACACACUACUCUGUUUCUGCUGGAAGGUGCUCCCAGUUCUAUGGCCAGUCAACUCGUUCAUCCACGUCUUGAUUGACCUACCAGUGCUCUUGUGCAUCGUGUACUUGUACGUGGUGCUGCUGGUCCGUGACGCGGGCAAGUGUACAUUUUCUAAGGCUGGUCCCUCCAUCGAUGAACCGUUUCUCAACAUCAGACAUGUAGCAUCGGGAGAGGUCAAGUACGAUGAAUACUGCGGUCCUUGUGAGAUUGUCAUCCCAGAGCGCACAAAGCACUGUAAGCUCUGUGAACAAUGCAUGCUGAAUAUGGAUCAUCACUGCCUCUUCCUUCUCCGCUGCAUCGCCAAAGACAACCACCGGCACUUCGUCCUUCUCAUCUUCCUGGCCCUGCUGUCUCAAGUUCUCUUCCUGGUCUACUCUGUCCAGUACCUGCGCCUUCUGUACCCAGGCCAAGCCCUGUGGGAUGUGGGGGUGGCCAUCGUCCACCAGCACGGCUGGCUGUGGGGUAUGUGGCUGCUCAACGUCCCCUCCAUCCUCUGGGGUGUGUCUCUGCUCUGCAUGCAGCUCCAGCUGACGGCCAAUGGCAUGACCAUGGUCUGGCACCCAAAGGCCUCCAAGAUGAAGAACCUGAGCGGCGCCAAGCUGUCACGAGGGGACAGGCUGAGGAACUUAAGAAAUUUCUUUGCUGGACGGAGGAUCUUCACUGCCUCCGAAUUGUACGAGAUGGAAAAAGUUUAAAUUUUCCCCUUAUACCAACAUACGACUAGCCUCAUAUUCAUUUAGCGUUUGUACAAGUUCUGCGAUUUUUAUCAAUAGGAAUAUUGAGAGUUUACACCGUUAUCAUGAUCCUGCACCAUCAUUUUAGAAUAGCGUUUUUAUUGCUGCAAGUAGUUGUAUGCGAUAAAAAAGGCUGUGUUAAACUUUUUAAAAAAGUGAGUGUAUUGCAUAAAAGGCUGCAUCUGAAAUCGUAUGUUAAAACGUCAGUAUUGUCUGAAAAUCGAAGACUAUCUUGUUCAUAUUCUUGACACGUCAGCAGAAUGGUUUCCAUUUCAUACCGAGUAUAAUAUAUUGCUUCCAUACGACACUCAACAAGAUAACAUCGCUUGAUUCAGUCCCCAAUGUGCAGCUUGAGAUAUCGGCAUCUGCAGCUUGCUAACUCACUGAAUUGGAUGUGUGAAUAGUCCCUUAAAUGCAUGUUGAUGCGUGAGAUAGGUAGGUCCCAAUAUUGUGUUGGAUUAUGGUACAUUUGGUGUUACCAGUUAUGAUUUUUAUCGUGACAUCAUUUCUAUAUGUUUGUCCAAGUGCCUCCGUAAUUACUGAAUACCUGGGGAGCGUGAAGUGAUCUCAUGCCCAGCUUGUUUUAGGCUUGCACUCCCAGCAGAUGCACCGACCUUCGUCGUGUAACCAUCACAUGCUGUGGCAAUGAAAUCCUGGUUCAAGUACAUGAACCGACCUUUUUGAUCUUUGGAAACGUAGACGGGUACAUACGUACGUCGCUUUUUGACCAAGUCGAGUUAGGCCUAUAACAAGCAAGUCCACAAUUUGCUUUGUAAUAUUCAUAUACAGCUGGAACAAGGCCAACAAUGUUGGUUUUCAUGGCACUGUGCAUGCAUUGACUUUCAGUCAGGUAAAAAUUGGCUGCAUUGCUUGAAUUGUUUAAAUGAUUGUACAAAAUGUAUAUAUUGUGGCUGUGCUGCGUUUUCAUAUUGCCAAAUAGAUGAAGUUUUUACACAUUAAUAGUUCUCAUUGUACUAUUUUAAAACAUUUAAUCUUUUUUUCCAAAAGUACAAACAUUUUGUUUGUUUGUUGAUAUUCACUAAAAUCUCUCAAGACACGCAACACGUGCAUUCAGACUUCAGGUCACAAAAUGUCGUUUUGCUUCAGAAUGGAAUAAGAACAAUCACUUUCAGGAAUGUCGUGGCACCCUUGCUAUUUAUAAGUGAAGUGUGUUUUAGAACAAUGGGGGAGUUAUCCCUCAGUGUCAAGCCUGAUAUUUACUCACAAGUUCUAAAGGUUGAGUAAAAAACCAAAGUCAUUGUGAGUCAUUGCGAAAUCAAAUUUCGAUCAU